AUGGAUCGCACGGAGUUUGUCAACUCGCAAGUCGGCGGCGAGUCUGUUAUUAACUACAGCUAUACCGAUAUGCCCUGGAGGCUGAUGAUGUGGGAUAUACGAUACUUCUUCACUUUCGCAUGGGCUCUGCCUUGGGUUAUUUGGCCCGUCCGACCAUGCGAUGGAGAUCACUUUGACGAGCUCUCGUUUACGCGGGAAAACGUAUGGUGCAUGUUUAUUCAUGCUAUCCUUGUGGUUCUACAGUUAUUUUUCAUAUUGAUGUUACCUUUAGCUGUUUUGUUUCCAGUCUGGAUGGUGGCGGUAGGAAUUGCCGUCUUCUUUGCUGUGAACAAACUCUUGUGCCUUUUCUUGAAUGGUAAAACUAUUACCUUCACAUCGGACCCGAAAUAUGCACCCGCACUAGAAGAGCAUGCACAUGAGCAAUGGAUUUUCCUAAAUGGCGUUGCUGUCGGAGAAGCUUGGCUUAAGAGCAACAUCAAUCGUCUGGCACUCACUUUCAAGCGUCCAGUUAUUGGUGUUCACAACCGGACUACGGGAAUCAUAUUCGAUGUUGUCGAAUGUCUAAUACAACGUAAUUUCGGGUACGCUACAAGCGACAUUCGGGCCGCGUAUAAGAUCAUCAAGGAAAAGCUAUAUAAUCCACAAUACACGAAAGUGGUUUUCAUCUUACACUCGCAAGGUGGAAUAGAAGGAGGUUUAGUUCUGGACUGGCUACUCCAGGAGCUACCGCAGAAUCUUUUAUCAAAACUUGAGGUCUAUACGUUUGGGAAUGCCUCUAAUCAUUUUAAUAAUCCUCAUCGUCAUAUCGAUGCUCAGCACGUGGAAAAGAAAGUCUCAAAAGAGAAUACUCAAAUCCCCACUACGAUUGCCGAAAUUCCGCUCACCGACUCCCCGGUUGAGACCCAAUCAUUAUUAUCGAGAAGGCGACCAUCAGACGCUAGUGGAACCUCGUUUGAAGUGAACAGACGGGUCCCGACGCUCACUUCACUCUCACAGGAGUCAAGCGCAUCGCAUGCGACAGCUUAUACCGUACCAGUGUCUGGUCGGGCGAUCGCUCAUGUGGAACAUUACGCUCAUACAACUGAUUUUGUAGCUUUGUGGGGGAUUCUUCACUUCGUUACAAACGAGCUUGCAUCUCCAGAAAUGCCCCGAUAUAUCGGGCGAGUAUUUAAACAUACUUCUCCGCGGGGUGGACAUCAGUUCUCUCAGCACUAUCUUAACGAGAUGUUCCCGCUCGCACGAAAUUCCAAGGGUGAGUUUAUAGGGUGUGCUGAUCGUAACGACUUCAUGAGCAGCGUUAUCGAGGUGGCCGAGGCGGGAACGGAAAAAGACGACCUGCGCGAAGCUGUCGAAAAUAGCUGGUCUAUGAUCGAGCUUGCCGGCCGGAAGGGAAGCAUUGUUAAGGGCGAAGUUGCGGUGCAUGGGAGUUUCUAUGAGAGGGAUGAUAUUGAUGACGGAAAGGUCAGAGUGAAGGAUCUAAGUCGAUUGUGGCAGUACCGCAAUGGAAGAAGUCCGCCUGAUCUUCCCAGGGACUUGAGAAGGAUGACUUUGGAAUAA